AUGAAUGAUGCAGCAACAUUUGAUCGCUCAGGGAGAUAUGUUAUUACUGGUUCAGAUGAUCGCCUAGUGAAGAUCUGGUUAAUGGAAACUGCAUUUUGCUUGGCCAGCUGCCGUGGACAUGAAGGAGACAUCACGGAUCUGGCUGUGAGUUCCAACAAUGUUUUAGUGGCAUCCUCCUCAAAUGACACUAUAAUUCGAGUGUGGCGCUUGCCAGACGGGCUGCCAAUAUCAGUGUUGCGAGGACAUACUGGAGCUGUUACUGCCAUUACAUUUAAUCCCAGGCCAGGCUCUAUGUACCAGCUUCUAUCUUCAUCUGAUGAUGGAACCUGUAGGAUAUGGGAUGCCAGGAAUUCUCAAGUGAGUCCUAGGAUAUACAUUCCAAGACCUUCAGAUGCUAUAGUUGGGAGAAACAGUGGUCCAUCCUCCAGCACUGUCUCACAGAGCCAUCAAAUCUUUUGUUGUGCAUUUAAUGCUAAUGGAACAUUCUUUGUCACCGGUAGCUCAGACACUCUUGCAAGGGUGUGGACUGCUUCUAAGCCAGGCUCAGAUGAGUCAGACCAACCAAAUCAUGAGAUUGAUGUGUUAUCUGGCCAUGAGAAUGAUGUCAAUUACGUACAAUUUAGUGGUUGUGCUGUAGUAUCUAGAUUCAUGGCAGCUGACACCUCAAAGGAAGAGAACAUUCCAAAGUUUAAAAAUUCGUGGUUCAAUCAUGACAAUAUAGUUACUUGUUCUCGCGAUGGGAGUGCAAUUAUCUGGAUUCCUAGAUCACGAAGAUCACAUGGAAAAGCUGGUCGUUGGACGCGGGCAUAUCAUCUGAAAGUUCCCCCUCCACCAAUGCCUCCUCAGCCUCCACGAGGAGGCCCACGCCAGAGAAUUCUUCCAACUCCUCGUGGUGUUAAUAUGAUUACCUGGAGUCUUGACAAUCGCUUUGUCCUUGCUGCUAUCAUGGAUUGCAGAAUAUGUGUAUGGAAUGCAUCUGAUGGUAGCUUGGUGCAUUCACUGACAGGUCACAGUGAAUCUACAUAUGUUCUGGAUGUUCAUCCUUUCAACCCCAGGAUAGCAAUGAGUGCUGGCUAUGACGGAAAAACAAUUGUCUGGGAUAUAUGGGAAGGCAUGCCUAUCCGGAUAUUUGAAACGUCACAGUUCAGAUUGGUAGACGGAAAGUUUUCACCGGAUGGGACGUCAAUUAUCCUCUCUGAUGAUGUUGGCCAGCUAUACAUAUUGGACAGUGGCCAGGGGGAGUCGCACAAUGAUGCAAAAUAUGACCAGUUUUUUCUUGGUGAUUAUCGCCCAAUCAUUCAUGAUAGCUUUGGAAAUGUUCUUGACCAGGAAACUCAGCUUUCAGCAUACCGGCGGAAUAUGCAGGAUCUACUUUGCGAUUCAGGAAUGAUACCAUAUGAAGAACCCUACCAGAGUGCAUACCAGAAAAGGCGGUUAGGAGCUUUGGGUUCCGAGUGGCGUCCUUCCUCUCUAAGACUUGCUGUUGGGCCUGACUUCAGCGUAGAUCCGGAUUUCCAAAUGCUGCCUAUUGCAGACUUGGAUAUGUUGGCUGAGCCUAUGCCAGAGUUUGUAGAUGCCAUGGAUUGGGAACCACAAAAUGAAAUGCAAAGUGAUGAUACUGAUUCAGAGUACAAUAUUACUGAAGAUUAUUCUACUGGAGGGGAGCAAGGAAGUUUAAGUUCAAAUCCCUCUAUUGAUCCAGAGUGCAGUGAAGAAGACAGCGAGGCUGAGGAUGCUCAAAUGGAUGGACUUCGUAGAUCUAAAAGGAAAAAACAAAAGGCUGAUGUUGAAGUCAUGAGUUCUUCUGGAAGGUGUGUCAAAAGAAAGAAUUUGGAUGAGUGUGCUAGCAAUCCAUUCAGAAGUAAUAGAACGAGGAAAUCUAGACAUGGCCGAAAAGCUUCAAGAAAGAAAUCUUCCACAUCAAAGUCAUUGAGACCUCAAAGAGCUGCCGCACUCAACGCUCUUACUCUAUUUUCAAAGAUUACUGGAAGAUCUGCAGAUGGAGAAGAUGAAGAUGGAUCAGAAGAUGAUAUGUCAGGAAGUGAAUCCACCCUGCAAGACUCAAACAUUGAGAGUGAUGGAUCCGAUAAACAAAAUCAGCAAACCAAACAUUCAAAAGGAAAAGAGGUUUCAUUGGAUGAGUCUGAGGACAUGGUUAAACCUAAUGAACGUCCUGAAUUUCCAAUUAAUGCUGGGAACAGGAGGAGAUUGGUGCUUAAAUUGCCAAGACGGGACUCAAAUAAGCUUGUGCCUAGAGAAAGCACAGUACAUAAUUGUGGUAAUCAGGAUGAUUUGGUUGACCAAUCAUGUAGAGUACCUCGAGAAGCAACUGAAGCAAACAACAAUAUAAGCUCUCAGGAUCCAGGGUCCUCACCUGGUGAUGAAAAAUGCAGCAUAUUUGAGACAGCAGUGGGUGGGCAAUUAUACAAAGUAGAAAAUCAUGUAGAUUUGACUGAGAAUUACAAAAAUGGGAGAAUUAGUUGGGGAGGGUCCAGAGUGCGAACAUCUAAGCGUCUGAGGUCGGGAGAAUCCAUGUCAUUGGAUGCACUUGCCAGAGCCAGUGCAAUCGUCAUUGGUCACAACGAAAAAGAGUACACAAAACCUGAAAAUGAUUUUGGAACCAUGUCACCUCAAUCAGAAAGCCAAAUGUAUGGAGAUACAAUGGCUGUAGGGAAUAAGGAAACCAUUUGGGCUAGUACCUCUGAGGGCCUUAAUGGUGAAACCAAUGCCAAAGAGCAAUCAGGUUUUAGUGAAUGCAAGGAUCAUGAUCAAUCGCCUAAAUCUGUUCACAUGGCUCCUUGGGAUGCAAGCACUUCCUCAUGCCUUGAUAAGGACAGGACUGUUUUCUCUUCUGAACAAAAUGAGAAGCUCACAACUGUCUCAACAAAAUUGAGGUUGAGGAGGAUUUCAAGGGAUCCUAGUCCUUGCAAACAGGAAAUGUUCUCUGUGGUAGAGAACUUGGAAAAUGGUAGAUGUAACACAUUACAUGAAAGCCUUUCAAGCAUGGAACAGGAUCCAGUUGUGCCGGAGGAUGAUGGAACCCCUAAAUUUAUUCCAGAUGAUAGAUAUAAUGGCUCACGAGAAUCAGACAAUCAAUCCGAUAAGAAUGUCAUUUCUGGUAUACAUGAAUCAGUCGAGUCCCAUUUACAUAAAAACAAAAUGUUCAGUGCUGUUUAUAGAAGGGUGAAACCACAUAGGGGUAGAAUUAAUUUAGAAGGUGAUAGUGGCGUCAAGGAAGAAGGCUGUUUAUAUACUUCAAAUACAAGCAACCACAAUCUCAUUGCUGGAGUGGACUUUCAUGAUGACUCAGUUGAUGGAGGUCGCAGGACACGGUCCAUGGGGUUGAAGGCAUCUGCACGUGAUCCAAGUAGUGCAGAUCAUGAUGAUAAGAUGGGCCAAGGACAUGAGCCAGGUUAUACAUUUAGAAGUAACCAGAAAAGUUCCAUGGACAAAUUUCAACUUCGGAAUGAAGAACAAGGAUCAAGUUCAAGGACAACAGUCGGAUUGAGGUCUACUAGAAACAGAAGAAGCAGUUACCGUGACAUGAAUCCAAUGGACAGAAGGAAGUCGCAUCAGUCAGCAAGGAAAGUAUCAUGGUUAAUGUUGUCAACACAUGAGGAGAGCUCACGAUAUAUUCCCCAGUUAGGGGAUGAAGUUGUUUAUUUGAGACAGGGGCAUCAGGAGUAUUUCGAACUUGGUGGAUUGAGAGAAAACCCACCGUGGACAUUUAUAAAGGGGAGGAUAAGAGCUGUAGAAUUUUGCAAAGUUGAAGACCUGGAGUAUUCUUCACUUGCAGGGUCUGGGGAUAGCUGCUGCAAAUUGACACUUCAAUUUGUAGAUCCUUCUUCUGAUGUGUAUGGUAAAUAUUUCAAAAUGACUCUGCCUGAAGUUACUGGUUUCCCAGACUUCAUUGUCGAAAGAACUCGCUAUGUCUCUUCUAUAGAGAGAAAUUGGGCAUGUAGGGAUCAUUGCAAAGUCUGGUGGAAAAAUGAGGGUGAGGAUGAUGGUAAGUGGUGGGAGGGGAGGAUUAAGCUGAAACAGUCUAAAUCUACCAACUUCCCCGACAGUCCAUGGGAGAUGUAUACUGUUCAGUACAAGUGUGAUCCUAGUGAUGCACAGCUACAUAGUCCUUGGGAGCUUUUUGACUCCAAUACUCAAUGGGAGCUGCCUCGCAUUGAUAAUAAGAGCAAAAUGAAGCUGCUUUCUGCCUUUGCCAAACUAGAGCGAUCUGCUGAGAGUCGCCAGGAUUCUUUUGGGGUUGAUAAACUGAAGCAACUUCAACAGAAGCCAAAGUUUACGAACUGGUGUGCGGUUCCAAUAUCUCUUGACGUGAUCCAGUCUAGGUUAGAGAACAACUACUAUCGAAAUUUGGAAGCACUACAGCAUGACUUUAAGGUCAUGUUGUUAAAUGCUGAAACCUAUCUUGAAAGCAAUGCGGUCAAGCGCGCAUCAGAUAAAGAGCUUUUAGCGAAAUUGAAAUGCAUAUCAGAGUGGUUCACACAGACAAUAUCAUCCUUGUAGCACCUAUAGUUUCAUAAAGAAAUUGAUUCAUUAAUGAGUUGAAGCAGACCAUCUGGGUUUUUGCCCCUUGAUGUUCUUUUUCUUCUUCUUUAAUUUUUUGUAGAUAUUUUACUUACCUUAAAGAGGCUUUUCCAUUGUACCAUAGGUUCAAUUUUGGAAAUGCGUUAACCUUUUGGAUGUUCUUUUUAGAAGGCAAGAAAGAUCGCAGAGGCAAAUAGCUGGUGGUCUUGUAAAUUUUCCACCAGAGAAUUCA